AUGCUCCAGGUAAGUCUCUUGGAAGGGCAGGGCCAGCUUCCAGAGGACCAGCUUCUCUCGAAGUUGUCCUAACCAACUCGGAGGUCGAGCCACUAGGCACUUGUCCCACCAUCGUUGUCCCAGAGAUCCAAGCCCCAACUGGCCUCGCUGGAACAACUGAGACAUUGUGAUCGUAGCCCUGGUUUGUCCUUACUAGUUUAUGGGUUGCGUCUUUUGGGGGAUUUAAACUCCUUCCCUGCAAUGUCGCCGCUUGUGCCCAACGUCAGAUGGUUCCUCGAAAUUUCUUGACCGCUGUGAGGGGAGCGGUUUGUUUUAAGCGGUCGUCGCAGACCACCGCUUGCGUUUUCGGAUGUCUAGAAAGCACCCUUGAAGUUUGCUGUGUGUGGACUCAGUUUCCAUUAUUGGCGUCGUUCUGCGACCGCGGUGACUAGUCCCUGUGUUUCAAUUUGGCCAAACCUUGCAUUCUGAUCGUCCUGCUGUCUGCAAAAGCACUGACCAAGACACCCUCCACUUUCCGCGUCAUCAUGGAGUUCGUGCAGGGGUGGCAGUGGUUUUCUUAACAACCGUCUUGUGAUAAAUACGGUUUUGUCCAUAAGCCGCGAGUGCUUUCUGGUAGAGCAUGAGCUGGAAUGUUGAUUGUGCCAAGUCCGGUUGCGUAAAUGUUAGUAGUCAGACAACACUUUUAAGAGCGAUUUAGCAAAAUACCAAAGCUCUAGAGACACCAACCUCGCUAUUCCCACGACAGUCUUCACGGGCACUCUUCGAAAUAGUUCUUGCAUCUGCAAUGAUGACUGUUCAACCGUCGUUUCCGAGGAUGCCUACGGUGUGCUCCACGCCAGGGUGGAACCAGAGACGGUGACUUGUGCAUGAAUUUGUUUAUGCUGACCGUAGACUUGCGCAUAUCUACUGCACCCUCUCCACCCCUUUCGCUUACCUGAACCCGGUGUCAAGACUGAGUCAAGAAGACCGGAGGUGGGAGAGGGCGCAGAUGGCUAGCACGACGAAAACCCGCGCCUUAACGCGUGCCACCACACGGCUCGGAUCCCGUUGAAUGGGAGGCCACGUCAAGGAGUCAUUGCAGCCUGGCUCUCAGUCCACCCGUCGGCCUUUCCACACAGACGCACUGGGCUGACUGCGAGGCCCGAGUUGUUUCUUCAGCCGGCAGACUCCCAAGCCAAGGCAUCUAGCGCACCGUGAUUAUCUCCAAGCGCCUUAUAUUGUUUAUGAUGAGGAUUAUGCACCGAGGGUCGACGUCAUUCGCUCUACCCUGCCCCGCGCACCUGUCGACUGUCCGAGCCGGUCGACUGGAUGAUGGGAGAUAGCUGAGAUUGGGGGAGAUCGCUAACGGAUCUGAGAACAACACGUUUGUGUCUGCCGCACAAUUACAAGCUGGCUUCUUGUCUAAACACACACUCACCGUCGGUUACUCAGCAGCCCACGUUCCUUCUCCUUACAACUUCGUACGCGCGCACCAGAUCUACUGUAGACUUUCAACCUCACACGUGGAAAAUAAGUAUGCUUUAUCCUAUUUCCUCUUCACCCCUUACUUUUUUAGGCGACGCACAAGAGCUUCAACUUCAGUACGGAGACAAAUACUGCCAACUACCAGACAUCAAGAUCGACCGUCAAUCCGAUUCUUGUAGCUAACAGCGCCGCUUCUGUCAUCUCCAACUUACUCAUCCGUCUGUCUUCCGUCAGGGUGUCUACCGUCGGCAGCUUCGAACUGCCUGCUGCCAUGCAACAGGCAGCUGUCAGCAUCACAGAAAACAAGGAGGAAUCUAUGGAAGUAAAUCCAGACGGCGAUAUGUAUCGACCGUCAAUCCGAUUCUUGUAACUAACAGCGCCGCUUCUGUCACCUCCAACCUCCGUUUUCCUAUCGUCAGGGUGUCUGCUGUCGGCAGCUUCAAACUACCUACUGCCAUCCAACAGGCAGCUGUCAGCAUCACGGGAAACAAGGAGGAACCCAUGGAACUAAAGCCAGACGGUGACCCGUCAAUCAAACUGAACCCGAAUGCAGUUAGUCCGGGGCGAUUUGUCGACUAUGCCGCCAGUGAGCAACUUCUCCCGCUUUUAAGUUCUUAUUUUUGAUCGUCAUAAUCCUCAUGCACUUCCGUUGCCAAAUUUUUGGUUCUCCUCGGACUCUUUCGCCCUUUCAAAAUCUCUCUUGUGACAGGAUUUCAAGAGUGAAUGUUGGUAUGAGCUGAAGCUCUCGGUUUACGAGGUUACUGUACAUGGUUUUCGCGGUUAUGACAUCGACAAUUCGACCGUCGGUCUCGACGAUGUUCGCCCUGUGCUUCACGGCAGGGUCAGCGCAAGGAAAGUGACUUGCGCGUGAGUUAGUUUAUGGUAAUAGUGGACUUGCGCAGCAUCUACCACAAUCUCUCCUCAUUUCCUGCCUUGACCCCGUGUAGUGUAAAGACUACCAGUGACGGAAAUGCCGGUACAUCCAUGUUGGCGAUGAGAACGCACUUUUUGUGCGUGCCGCUCAGAGAGGCGUGCCGCUCAGGUUUUCAGAAGAAUAAGUUAGCCCCGCUGGCUCAGCCACUGACCCUAUAAGCACGUAGCAUACCAUCUCAAGUAGUGUAUUCUGCACGUAUUCGUAGAUCGAGUCUCGUAGACUAUAAACUUGACCGCCUUGGGUACAGACACAAAAAGACUAAAUUUUCUUUGAAGUUGUCAUUCCAUCUACUACGACUCAUCAGGAUGGCGGCGGCGGCGGCGGCAGCAAACGUAUGUAUACGCAACGGGAGUCUUAUUGUGACGCUUUGACCUUCGCAACCGACGAUGUCCACCGUGUGCUCUACAGUAAGGUGAGAGCAGGCACGGUGACUUGCGCGCGAGUUAGUUUAUAGUGGAAGUAGACUUGCGCAGCAUCUACCGUACUCUUUCCUCCCCCUCACCUGGACCGGUGUCAAGACAGAGUCAAGAAGACCGAAGGCAGGAGAGGGCGCAGGUGGCUGACACGGCGUAAACCCGCAUCUGGGCCUGUCACCACAUCCCUUGGUCUGCAAUGUGCACCGACCAGGAUUUUACACAAAAAAAAGGGGGGACUCGGAUCCCACGGAGUGCGAGUGCCGUAGAGGCCACAUUAAGAUCGAGCCGCUGCAGUUUGACUCGCUGUCCCCCAGUCGGUCACUCCACAAAAACGCACACUGGACUGACUGCUAGGUCCAUGUUAUCCCGUCAGUUGGCUACCUUCUAAGCAACGACACUUGGCGCACUGUAAUAAUCUCAGACUCGGAUCGCACAUACAACAGAGGGGCCACAUGGAUAAUUAGCCGAGGACCACACCCCCCAUCUACGUGAGAGGUGCCAAUGGUGUGAUUGUCUUGUGUGACGUUGGGUGUGGUCAUGUGUGGUGUAGGUUCUGGUGAGGAGAGACGCGAUGGUAUGUUGUAGCCGACGGUGUUCUAUCGCCGGUUUUAAUGGAGACGCAUAUGGCCUAAUAGGCCCAUGCUGUGAGUGUAUGUGCGUGAGCAGUGGGAACAGUUGAGGCGAGGACGUCUUAUGUAUGCUGGUGCUCCAAGCACUGGUUCGCCAGUCUCUGUGCGGUGGAUUCACAAGUGGCUUUGGCAGCGGCGAUCCGGUUGGCCUCAUGGAUGGCUGUUCCAGUCUCCACUUCUCUUCUCUAAGCCAUUCUGUUCUGUGCGCAAUCUCCCCAAGUUUUCGGGUUUAUUUGUAGCCGGGAUCUCCGGUCCGUUUCAAGACUUUCGUGUUCAGGAUCCUGUCCUGCUACAUCAGAAGCGUUUUACCUUCCCAGCUUGAUUGAAGUGGCCGAUCCAGGUUUCCGCCCCGUUACAGGAACGUCACCAAGACGACGGCCUUGUGCGUAUUCAGUUUUAUGUUCAGUUGAAGACCGCGGCGAUUCCAUACAGAGGCUUGCAGCCGACCGAAUGUUUGGCUGACUAUGGAAAUCCGGCGGGCCACAUCGUCGUCGAUUUUGAUGCAGCGUGAGAGGGUGCUGCCUAAAUAGGUGAAGUUGUUCACGAUCUUCAGUUCGGUGCUGUUGACGUGGAUUGCGGGGAAUAUUGUAUGCAGCGGUUGGUGCAUGACCACCGUUUUGUCCUUGUAAAUGGCCAGUCCGAAGUUCGUACAUCCGACGGCGAAGAGGUCUACGCGUCCUUGUAUGUCAGCAGUCAGCAAGCAGUCAUCCGCGAAGAGCAGGUUGUGGAGAGACGCGUUGAGGCCUACAUGAGCGGGCUGUUGAGAUACCCGUCAAUCCUGUAGGAGAUGCGGGUCCCGGGGUGCUCAUCACAAUUGGCGUCCAUCAGCAUGGCAGAAACCGCAAGAGUAGAGAGGGUAGGAGUGAGUACACAGCUCUGCUUCACUCCGUUGGUGACUGCAAAUUCUCCUGAGACGGUCCCAUUGUCCGUGACGUACGCCAUCGUCCCGUCAUGGAUCCGAUGCAGCAUGUGCAUGAAUCGCUCAGGCCAGCCGAAUUUCUGCAUGAGUUUCCACAGUCCUUCGCUCCUCACCAUGUAGAAGGUUUUCUUCAAGUUCACGAAGGUGGUGUAGAGGUGGGUUACAAUUUUACGGAAUUUGUCUGGCGGCUGGCGGGCGACAAAGAUAAUAUCGAUGGUUUCACGGUGACAGCAGAAUCUACACUGGCCCUCUGGGAGGUGUCCUUGUUCGAGAUGGCCCUGGAGACGGUUGAGGAGGAUGUGAGCGAAGAUCUUGCCGACGAUGUUAAACAGCGAGAUUCCUCUGUGGUUAUCAUAGAGUCGCCAGUUCCCUUUCCGUUUGUAGCGAUGGACGAUUGUGCAUCCUGGAAAUCCUGAGGGGCUUGCCCUCAGCGUCACAUCUCCUGGAAUAGCGCUGUGAUUUGAUCCAUGCCGCCGUGCCUGUAGACUUCGGCCGGAACCGUGUCAGAUCCCGGUGCUUUCCAGCUGCACAGUUGAUGUACGGCGCGGAUUGUUUCUGUGGAAGAAAGCGGCAGAUCCAGGUCGUCAUUCGUUUUUGCUUGGGGUAUUCGGUCAAUGGCUGCCUCGGAGAUUGCGGAGGGGCGGUUGAGGACGCUUCUGAGGUGCUCCGCCCAGCGCUUCAGAAUAUGUGAUUUUUCCGUCAGAAGCAUUGUUCCAUCGGAGCUGAGAAGUGGCACGGCUCCCUUAGCUGUGGGGCUGUAGAUCGCCUUGAGUGAUACGAAGAAAUUCUUGAGUUCAUUGCGGUCAGGAUAUCCCUGGAUUUCACAGGUCUUGCAGGUCAUCCAGGUGUCCACCAUCUCUCUCUCUCUCAGUCGCUGCUGCACGAUGCGACGAUAGCGGAAGAAGGCCGCCUUAUUUGUGGCUGUCCGGCGGUUCAUGUGGGCUCUAUGUAGCCUGCUUUUCAGCGAGCAAGAUGCUAAUGUCGACGUCGUUGUCUUCGAACCAGUCCUCAUGUUGGCGACGUGCGCGAUCGAGGACGCCUAAAGCCGUCGAGUGGAGGGCAGUCCGCAGUCGACACCACCGAUUCUCUGCAGUGGUGUUGUCGACCAGGGCCGGCAGUUCCUCCAGGUGCUGAGCUAACUGAUUGCUGUAAUGCAAACAGUGAGCAGGCAAAUUCAACAGAACAGUAUUUAACUUACCUGGUGGUCGCUUACCUUUUGAUCUCCUGCGAGAUUGCAAUCGGAGCCUCAUCUUUUAGAUGAGGCGAUGGUCGGUCCGUCUAUGGGUGUCGCAGAUCGCCUUGGCAGCCAGCACGUCCUGUUGACUCGCCUCCAGACGAGGACGUAGUCCAGCAGCUGCUAUUGCCGCGAUUGGAGGUGCAUCCAGGUAGCCUUCUUCCGCUUCGGGAGGCGGAAAGUGUUGGUCUGUAGGAGUCUGUGUAUUGUGUAGAUUCACAGGAGGAGACCGUCGUCGUCGCAACCGGUGAUUCCGUGGGGACCCAGCAGUCUCCUUCAGGCAGCACAGGCCAUCCCAAGGGCUGUUGCCAAGGGCAGCCAGUUUGUCCGCCUUCGGCAGUCCCCAGGAGGGCGUGCAGUUCUUCGUAGGCUAUGGCCUUCGCCUCGUCAGAGUUUGUCAUUGUGGGUGCGUAGACAUUGACGAUGGUGGUGAAUUUGGAUCCCCGAAGAGGUAGGCGCAUGGCCAUCAGUCGGUCGUUGAUGCCCUGCGGUAGGCAGGGCAGUCGUCCCAUAUUGUCGUUACGGAUGGCAAAGGCGACGCUCACGAAGCUGAUAUUUGGACCACCGACUUUGACCCUUCUCCUAGUUUAUUAUUAAUGGCGCUGAACACCGACCACGCCGACACGUCCUUGAAAAAAAAAUGAAAUUCUCGCAUGCCCGCUCAGUUCAAAAGAUGGAAUUCCGCAUUCUUGGCUUCUGUUUAGCCAUGGGAUUUGCGCGCCCUUUCCCUUUUCUCCCAUUUAAAAAUGAAAGUGUUCUCUCCCUCACGCUUACACAUAGUCAGUCUUCGACGUUUAUAAAGCUGGGGGUGUCAAAUGAUCGCACUUUCCUGUUUACUCGUUCGCAGGUCUGGUCAGAUCGCCCAGUUCUGCCCUAACCUCCCAGUUUCUCCCCCUUCGGUGUAAUGAAGCUGAUCAGAUGACCCUGGAGGCCCUGGCCUUCCUCUUGUCCGUAAACAACGCCUUUGGCAUCUACUCGGAGUCUCCGUUUUUGCGACCCGUCGCCCUCCUGCGGCCUGUACGGUUCGCCUCCCCGGCCAAUGUCCUUCUUCAAUACCCCGAUCCCGAAAACAUGGUCCGUAAGUUGCGAGAUCUAGCAGAUCAGAAGGUAACUAGUAUCCCCCUGCUGGCUAUCCUCUCGGGUGCCAAGCCGAGUGCCGCCUCCCUGGGUUUCUACACUGGCUAUCUGACCUACAGUUUCACCCUCGAACUCGACAACAAUACGAUGCAUAUUCUGGCGGAUCAGUCACGACGACCGCAUGAGUACGUCUGCACUUCUUGCUCUGGUUAACCAACUCCCCGCCACCCUAUCAAAUUUACCAUCAUGUGCCCUUAUCCACUGCCCUUUCAAGAUGACAUGGCUUCCUUUAGAUAGUUAAACUUGCCGCCUAUGUACGCCUUGUAUUUUUGCUUCAGCCGCGCUGACAAGUACCGUCUCAUUCUUCGGUUGGCCUGGGCCACGGCCGGACUUUACAUGCCACGUGACAAGUCCAAUCCCUCUCGCGUGUUGGCCUCUGAAGUGCUACCUCGCUGUCUGUCCGUCCGCGUUGCUCGUCGCAAUGUCACCCUUCCCGAUCCCAUCUUUCAUGGCGGCCAGGCGCAGAGAUUUGGUCAUCGACUUCGAUUUGCAAUCGACAUCACUGACAAGGUUGUUUUUCUUUUCCUUCCUGUCCACUGCAUGCUCUGGAUUGUUCAGUCUAAGCAUUCGAAAGAGCGAGAAGGAGACGAUUUAAUGGGCCGGGGAAUGCACUUUUUAGAUUUUCGAGUUCGCUCUCCAAUCUACCAACUCUGUUGUUUGCGCCCAGUUGGCACAGUCCGGCCAGUUGGUGGUUGGGCAUCAGGAGGGGUGUCUGUGCGGUCCUCUGCGUGACAUACUCCCUCUUUCAAUCUCAAGCUGUUCUGCGGCGGCUGUGGGACUAAUCCAGCUCGACCGACUGAGUCUCAGUGCGGUAGAGCAGGCACACAGUUCACUCUCCAAUGAUGGAGUCCGGCAUGAAUUUGAAACUUGAGACAAAAUAGACUUGACCUUCUCUUGUGAAUUGAUUGCUGGGGCACGAAUCCUAACUUCUUUGGACCCGCGGAAAUUAAAGGGCGAUUCCCGGACACCAUCAGUGAACGACAACAAUUGGAGUCUGUCACGUGUGUCGCGCGAGUCCACACAGUUUUAUUAUCGACUGAUCUUUCUCGUACUUGCAGAUUGUAACUCGAUCCAACUUCGCAGUCCGCGGUCGGGGUGUUGAAAUUGACCUAACCUGGCUGCACGCCCCUCUGGAGGACCACGCUCUGCCGCUGCUUGAGAUGGUCGGCUCCGGCUCCAGUACUCCCAUCCUCAAUCACUUGCUCAACCUUCCCCUUAUUCAAGUCACUCUGGAUCGUGUGCAGCCAAUACCGGAGUUUGUGCGCAUGUUUUCGUCGGCUGUUGCUGGCGAACCAGUCGCAGACCCUCCUCCGGAUUGCAAGCUUCCUCGC